AGGUGUGGGGAGGCACUGUGGGCCAACAGGAAGUCAAAGAGAACUCUUCUUCUUCCGGUGUUGGGGGACAACAUGGCGGUCUUGUGUAGACUAAGGUUCGGGUUCCGGGCCGCCGUCCGGCUUUCCUCUUGCAUCUCCAUCCGGACCUCCUUUAGCUCAGACUGUGAGGACGGAACCAGACCUGAGUCCGGCUUCGCAGCAGCCUUUCAGCGGCAGGCGGUGCUCCAGCGGGAGGCAGAUAGCUACACAGGCGAUCAGAGUGGCUCCAUCUCCGGCCAGGAGCCGAACUUCGCUUUGCUUUUCGAGAUGGUUCCGGUCAGAGACAGGGUGGUGGUUGGCAAUAUCUUCCAUGUGGUUCGUGACGAUCUGUACAUCGACUUCGGAGGGAAGUUCCACUGCGUCUGCCGGAGACCUGCGGCCGGAGGAGAGAGGCUGCAGCGGGGCUCCAGAGUACGGCUGAAGGUCCUGGACUCGGAGCUCACCGCCCGGUUCCUGGGAGCCAAGACCGACACCACCCUACUGGAGGCCCAAGCGGUCCUACUAGGUCCGCUGGAAGGACGCGAGACUCAGAAACGGGGGCAGAACCAGAAGCAAGACUAAAACCGGAACCAUGGCUAAACAGCCGUUUCCUGAACGGUCUGGUGCAGCCCAGGUUCUGGGCUAGGACGUCUUAGGGGUUCUAUAUGUACUGCAGAGUGAAUCAUAAAAAAUAAUCUGUUUUAAAUAAAGUUUGUGUAAAAGUU